AUGGCUCUCUCCACCAAGCUUGUAGGCCGCGCGCCUGCUCUGCUCCGACAUGGUCGACGUCUGCCCACCACCCUGCCCCGGAGGCAAUUCACGGCCGCCACAGCCCGGGCACCAUCACAAGCCCUUGCUUCAAGUCGAGCCUAUGGCUUUGCCCAGAAGCGAACCUUCACUGCGACGGCAGCUUGCGCCAAUGCCAACGCCGCCGCCGCCCAGGAGGCCCCUAACCCCAAGGCCUACUUGGAGAGCGGCGUGAUCAAGCCGCGGGAUAUUGUGGAUGUCAAGAAGGUGCUGGUUAUUGGAAGCGGUGGCUUAGCCAUUGGACAGGCUGGAGAGUUUGACUACUCAGGUUCGCAGGCCCUCAAGGCCCUCAAGGAGGCUGGCGUAGCCUCCGUGCUUAUAAAUCCGAAUAUUGCUACCAUCCAGACCAACCAUGUCCUCGCCGACGAAAUCUACUACUUGCCCGUCACCGCAGAAUACGUGACCCACGUUAUCGAGAGGGAACGGCCAGAUGGCAUCUUCCUGUCAUUUGGUGGACAGACCGCGCUGAACCUGGGUGUGCAGAUGCAGCGCAUGGGCAUAUUCGAGAGAUACGGUGUCAAGGUUCUGGGCACAAGCGUGCACACUUUGGAGUUGAGUGAGGAUAGAGAUCUUUUCGCCAAGGCCCUGAACGAGAUCGAUAUCCCAAUUGCCAAGUCCAUUGCUGUUGGUACAAUCGACGAGGCCAUUGACGCAGCCUCUAAGAUCGGAUAUCCCAUUAUCGUUCGUGCCGCCUACGCCCUUGGUGGCCUUGGUUCCGGGUUCGCGAACAACGAGGAAGAGCUCCGCAACAUGGCUGCUCGAUCUUUGACUCUCUCGCCGCAGAUUCUGGUUGAGAAGUCGCUGAAGGGCUGGAAGGAAGUCGAAUACGAGGUUGUCCGUGACGCCAACAACAAUUGCAUUACGGUGUGCAACAUGGAGAACUUCGACCCCCUGGGAACUCAUACUGGUGACUCUAUUGUCGUCGCGCCCAGUCAGACUUUGAGUGAUGAAGAAUAUCACAUGCUUCGUACCGCUGCCAUAAAGAUCGUGCGUCAUCUAGGCGUGGUCGGCGAAUGCAACGUUCAAUAUGCCCUUCAGCCUGAUGGUCUCGACUACAGGGUCAUCGAGGUCAACGCCCGUCUUUCACGAUCAUCAGCUCUCGCUUCCAAGGCUACUGGAUAUCCCCUAGCCUACACGGCCGCGAAAAUAGGCCUCGGCCAUACCCUGCCUGAGCUGCCCAAUGCCGUUACGAAAACGACGACCGCUAACUUCGAACCUUCCCUUGACUACAUCGUCACAAAAAUCCCUCGCUGGGAUCUGGCCAAAUUCCAACACGUUAAGCGUGACAUUGGCAGUGCUAUGAAGUCUGUGGGUGAGGUCAUGGCUAUUGGACGUACCUUUGAGGAGUCUUUCCAGAAGGCGAUCCGGCAAGUUGACCCCAAGUUUGUGGGCUUCCAAGGUGACAAAUUCGACGACUUGGACUAUGAGCUCUCUCACCCGACAGAUCGACGAUGGCUGGCUGUUGGCCAAGCGAUGAUGCACGAAGGUUACACGGUCGACAGGGUCCACGAGCUCAGCAAAAUCGACAAGUGGUUCUUGUACAAGUUGCAAAACCUCGUUGAUUGCACCAAGGAGAUGGAAGCUGUCGGCAGCCUAGAGGGUCUCAAAAAGAAUCUCGUCCUCAAAGCGAAGAAGAUGGGUUUCUCUGACAGGCAGGUCGCCAAUGCAGUCAAAAGCGACGAGGAUUCUGUCCGUGCCCACCGUUUGAGCAUGGGCAUCCGACCUUGGGUGAAGAAGAUCGACACACUCGCGGCUGAAUUCCCAGCGGACACCAACUACCUGUACACCACCUAUAAUGCCAGUUCUCACGACGUCACUUUCGAGGACAAAGGUACCGUGAUCCUCGGUAGCGGUGUGUACAGAAUCGGUAGCUCGGUCGAAUUCGAUUGGUGUGCUGUCAGUGCCACUUUGGCUCUGAGAGAAAUGGGCCAGAAGACCGUUAUGAUCAACUACAAUCCCGAGACCUACAGUACAGAUUUCGACACUGCUGAUAAGCUCUACUUUGAGGAGCUUAGCUACGAGCGAGUCAUGGAUAUUUAUGAUCUCGAAAAUGCUUCUGGUGUUGUUGUGUCCGUUGGUGGCCAACUCCCGCAGAACAUUGCUCUGCGUCUGCAAGAAACAGGCAAGGCCAAUGUCUUGGGCACAGACCCCAAAGACAUUGACAAGGCUGAAGACCGACAGAAAUUCUCUGAAAUUCUGGACAGCAUUGGUGUAGACCAGCCUGCUUGGAAGGAGCUCACCUCCGUUGCUGAUGCGGAGAAGUUCGCUCAGGAUGUUGGCUACCCUGUCCUCGUCCGCCCCAGCUAUGUCCUCUCAGGUGCUGCGAUGACUGUCAUCCACAGUCAAGAAGACCUCAAGGAUAAACUCGAGGCUGCGAGCAACGUGUCUCCUGAUCACCCUGUUGUGAUUACCAAAUUCAUCGAGGGCGCUCAAGAAAUCGAUGUUGACGGAGUUGCUUCUCAAGGCAGUCUGAUCGUUCAUGCUGUCAGCGAACAUGUCGAACACGCCGGUGUACACUCCGGUGAUGCAACCCUAAUACUACCUCCAGCCAACCUGGACGAACACAUCAUGAGCCGCCUCAAGGAGAUUGCUGAAAAGGUUGCCAAGGCAUGGAAGAUUACUGGACCUUUUAACAUGCAGAUUAUCAAGGCAGACAACCCUGAAGGUGGAGAACCAGCUCUCAAGGUCAUUGAGUGCAACCUGCGUGCCUCCCGCUCUUUCCCGUUCGUUAGCAAGGUUCUCGGUACCAACUUCAUUGACGUGGCUACCAAGGCCCUCGUUGGAAAACAAGUUCCAGAUCCUACUGAUCUCAUGGCUGUCAAGCGAGACUACCUCGCUACGAAGGUUCCCCAGUUCUCGUGGACUCGUCUCGCUGGUGCAGACCCCUUCUUGGGUGUUGAGAUGGCUAGCACGGGCGAGAUGGCUUGCUUUGGCAAGGACCUCGUUGAAGCCUACUGGACUUCUCUUCAGUCGACCAUGAACUUCCGCAUGCCAGAGCCGGGCGAGGGUAUCCUCUUUGGUGGCGAAGUCUCCAAGCCGUGGCUCAGCACGAUCGCCGACUACCUGGCCCCCCUCGGCUACAAGUUCUACGCGGCUGGCGACGACGUCAAGCAGCACCUUGAAUCUUCCACCAAGGACAAAGUCAAGGUGGAAGUCAUUGAGUUCCCCAAGGAGGACAAGCGUGCGCUUCGCGAAGUCUUCCAGAAGUACGAUAUUCGCGGAGUCUUCAACCUGGCCUUGGCCCGUGGUAAGACGGUGAUGGACGUCGACUACGUGAUGCGACGAAACGCUGUCGACUUCGGCGUUCCUCUGUUUAUGGAGCCCCAGACCGCCAUGCUCUUCGCGCAAUGCAUGAGCGAGAAACUGCCCCGGAAAGAGGGCAUCCCCACCGAGGUCCGCCGGUGGUCCGAGUUCAUCGGUGGCAAGCCCCUGUAG